AUGUUACAUGUUGAACGUCAUUUCUUGUUAUUUCUUUGUUUUUCAAUUAUACGUGGACAAAUUAAUAUUUUUCAAGGAUCAGAAGGAAGAAUUGGAUGUGUGUCAGAUGAUGGUCGACUUAUUCCUGUUGGCGAAAAAGAAUAUAUAUCACCUACUAAUGUUUGUGAUUUAUGUCGAUGCGAAAGCGAUCAAGCCUUUGUAUGUGAUAGUCGUUGCGACGUGGUUGCUGCGUCAAGCAAUUGUACAGAAAUUGAAAAGAUUGACAAUCAUGAUCCAGUAUGUCCAUGUCUUGUUUGUCCAGAAGAACAAGAAUACUGGAAACAACGAUGGUCAAAAUUAGAACUAAUAAAUGUUGUAACUAGUACUUCUCCUAUGAUUACUACUACUUCAGAAAUAACGUAUUCUACGACUCAAGAAGUAACAACUACGGAAACAACUAUAACUACAACGGAGUUACUUGAAACAACUACGGAGUUAACGACUACAUUGACUACUGAGCUGCCUAUUAUUACAACACCUGUAGAAAUUUUUACUACAACCUCUUUGGAAUUACUUACUACAUCAGUUCCAGAAUUAACUACGACUACGAUUCCAGAGAUACUCACAACGAUAGGUACUACUGAUUCACCUACUACAAUUACUACUGAAGAAACUACUAUAACUACGACUGAAUUACCUACCACAACUGUUGCUGAAGAAUUAAUGACAACUACUGCUACUACUGAAGAGACUACAAUUACUACUAUUACUACUGAAGAACCUACUAUAACUACUACAGAAUCACCAAUAAUAACUACUACUGAAGAAUCUACCACAUUUACUACUGAAGAACUCACUACAUUCACAACUACGAGAACUACUACUACACCUAUUCCAACAACAAGCAUAACAACCACAACUACUGUGACUACUACUACCACCACUCCUACAACAGUGACUAGUACUACAACAACAACAACAACUACCACUACUACUACUACUACUAGUACUGUAUCAACAUUUAGUUCCACUACGGAGAAAUUUAAGUCAAGAUCUCCAAUAAUACCGCCUCGAAAGUUUACCAGUACUCGAAGUUCAACACGAAAAUCUUCAACAACAACAACAACAACAACAACUUCAUUUGCAUCGACUACCCAGACAAUAUCCACAACUACAGCUAUCUACUGGAUUCCUGGACCUAUAGGUUUACCUGGUAUUGAUGGUAUGCCAGGAUCUCCUGGUUCGCCAGGUUCUGUAGGAAGCAUAUCAGAAACAAGUGGUACAGGAACUGGUUAUGAUCUUGAACAUUAUCGCAAAGAAGAUAUUCGUACUAUGAUUCAACGUCAUUUACUCAUGCAUGUCUAUAAUCCAUCACAAUUUUUCAGAGGUCGAAUACCAUUGAUAUCUUCUUCACCAUAUAUUUCCUAUAUUCAAUUACCAGCUGGAAUGCCUGGACAACCUGGUCUCGACGGUGUACAAGGUUUAACGGGUCCAGAAGGUAUGAUGGGUGAUUAUGGUAUGCCUGGAGAUCGAGGUUUACCAGGAAAUAUUGGUGAGCCAGGUUUUGAUGGACCAAGUGGAAGUGUUGGACGAAAAGGAUGGAUUGGAAGAGUUGGAAGAAAAGGUGAGAAAGGUAUUGAAGGUUUCCAGGGAGAAAUUGGUCCGAUUGGUGUUCCUGGUGUUAUUGGUAUUAAAGGUGAAAUUGGUUCCAUUGGAGAAAAAGGAUAUAUAGGUGAAAUAGGUAAACAAGGAGAAAAAGGUGAUCAAGGGGAGGAAGGAGAACGAGGAUCACUUGGAGAGAUUGGUCAGCAAGGUAAAACUGGUUCGAUUGGUAUUAAAGGUGGUCAAGGAGUAAAAGGUGAACAAGGCUCGCUUGGAAUAGUUGGUCAUCAAGGUAAAAUCGGUCAAAAAGGUCACAAGGGUGAACGAGGUUUAAAAGGUGACCAAGGGGAGCAAGGACCUACGGGGCGAAGAGGCAAGACGGGUAUACGUGGACCUAUUGGUAUUCCAGGUGAUAUUGGUGAAAAGGGUAAAUCUGGUCUUGUUGGUCGUAAAGGCGAACGUGGAAAUCAAGGUGAAACAGGGAUUCAAGGACCUCAAGGAGCUCGAGGAGAUGUUGGUAACAAAGGACUACAAGGUCUUAAAGGAUAUCGAGGACCUAAAGGAUUUAAAGGUGAACGUGGUUAUAAAGGUAUCGAAGGUGAUGUUGGUAUAGAUGGAAACAAAGGAAAGAAAAGUAUCAAAGGAGGUAAAGGUGAUGUUGGACCUCUUGGUCUCAAAGGUAUUACAGGUGUCCGAGGUGCAGAAGGUAUAAUGGGACCAAAUGGCGAUAAGGGUGACAAAGGCAACAAAGGAUUUCAAGGUGAACAAGGAAUUAUUGGUUCUAUUGGCAAAAUUGGUUUUACUGGAAAACGAGGUCCAAUAGGCGACAUAGGACAGAAAGGUGAUAAAGGUGUUAAAGGAAUUGUAGGCGAAAAAGGUUCUACAGGUUUUGUUGGUGCUCGAGGUAUUGUUGGUGAACAAGGUAUACAAGGACCUAUCGGGAAUCAAGGUGCAAAAGGUUAUGAAGGUAUUAAAGGUGAAGUAGGAAUAAUCGGACAAGUAGGCUCAAAGGGCAUUGAAGGACCUAUUGGAAAUGUUGGUAUCAAAGGUAAACAAGGUGAUAUGGGCAUUCAAGGGCAGAAAGGAGAACGUGGUGAUCGUGGUUUCACUGGUGAUAAAGGUAUACAAGGUAUACAGGGAAUAAUCGGUCCGCAGGGUAUUACGGGUAUCAUUGGAGAUAUAGGAAAUAGAGGACCUAUUGGUAAUAUUGGUCGAAAAGGAAUUAAAGGAGAUAUAGGUGAUCAAGGUUUUACAGGCGAUGUUGGUCCUCUAGGACCCAAGGGUGAAAAAGGUUCAAAAGGAAUAACUGGUGAUAUCGGACCACAGGGAGAUAUCGGUUCAAAAGGUGACAUUGGUAUCACAGGACCAAAAGGAAAUAUGGGUGAUCAAGGUCCUCAAGGACCAAUAGGAUUACAAGGUGAUAUAGGUGCCCAAGGGUCAACAGGUGAUGUUGGUAUUAAAGGAAUACAGGGAGAUAUUGGUAUCGUCGGUGAUUUAGGAGAAAAAGGCAUAGAAGGUGAAAAAGGAAUUAUUGGAGUAACUGGUCAGAAAGGUCAAAAAGGUAUACUUGGACCCAUUGGUCCAAAAGGUGAUAAAGGUUUAAUGGGAGAUAUUGGACUUAUUGGUGAGCAAGGAAUACAAGGUCCAGUUGGACCAGAAGGUAUAGCUGGUAUAAAAGGAAUCAUCGGUAUCAAAGGAAUCAAGGGAAUUAUAGGAAAAAAAGGUGCUCUUGGACCUCAGGGUCCAACAGGUGACAAAGGAGCACAGGGAAUCAAAGGUAUUGUUGGUGAUCAAGGCAAUAUUGGUGCUAAAGGUUAUAAUGGAUCUGUUGGUUUACCUGGUCUAGCAGGUGCUCGAGGUCCUGGUGGUUUUGUUGGUGAAAAAGGUUAUGGUGGUAGUCGUGGAAGCCGUGGUCCUAUGGGAAUACAAGGUGAAGCUGGUUUAGAAGGUGAAGAAGGUCCAUCUGGCAAUGUUGGAGAACCUGGAGAAGAUGGAGCAUCAGGUAGUAGUGGUAAUCCAGGUCAACGUGGAGCUCGUGGUGAUGGUGGAACUAUUGGUCCACCAGGUCCUCCUGGUCCUUCAAGUGCAUCACCUACAAAAUUGAAUAGUGCUACUCUAAUGAAUCUUUUUGCUACAAGUACACAAUUGGCACAAUUAUUUAAUACAUCAGCAUCAGAUAGAUACAAAGAUCUUGAUAUUUUCGCUCGUUUUAAAACGGAUGAAAAUCCAAUGAAAAUGGCUUCCAAAUUUCUCAAUGAUCUCAAAAAUUUAUCGACUAAAAUUACAUUAAAAACUAAACCUGAUGGUAGUCAAAUGUAUCCAGCUCGAAGUUGUCGAGAUAUUGCCGAUUAUUAUCCUGAAAAACCUAAUGGACUUUAUUUUAUUGAUCCAAAUGAAGGUUCAAAAAUCGAUGCUUUACUUGUUUAUUGUAAAUUAACUGAACGAUUAACAUGUAUUAAUUCAACAAAUGAAUUAAUUCAAUCAAAAAUAUUUCUACAAAAUUCAAUUCAUUAUGGAAAACAUACACGAUUAAUGUCUAAUCUUCUUCAACAAUCUGAAUUCAAUUAUGAUAUUGAAACAAUUCAAUUACGUUUUCUUCGAAUGCUUUCCGAAUAUGGCUCACAAAAUAUCACAUUUAAUUGUCAAAAUACAUUGGUUGAUACAUUAAAACAUGAUAUUAAAUUACGAACUAAGAAUGGAAUGAUCUACCAAAUGAAAUCAUUGAAUGAUGAUUCAUUAAAAUAUAAUAUAAUUAAAGAUGAAUGCAAAGUAAAUUUUCAUGGUCAAACAGUACUAUCAAUUCAAACAAAUAAAUCUGUACGUUUACCAAUAAUUGAUAUUGAAUUUUUCAAUCUAUUCAAUCAAAAUCAAGAUUUUAAUAUUCAUAUUGGACCUGUUUGUUUUUCUUAA